AUGUCUGGGAAAUUUCGGGGACUUCAAGCACUAAUACGUGAACGUUCGCCACAUGCACAUUACGUGCAUUGUAAAUCCCAUUGUUUAAACCUGUCUUUGGUACAUAGUUCAAACAUUCCAUGUGUCCGAACCAUGAUGUCAACUGUUCAGGACAUAAGCUUCCUGUUUGAUUAUUCCGCUAAACGGUUAUUAGCGUUCCAGGAUGAGCUGUCGCGCGAUGUUGCCACACAAGAAGAAAUGAACCAGCGCACUAAGCUCCGCACUCUGUGUGAAACACGUUGGUCCAGUCGGGCAGACGCUCUUGAGACGUUCAAGAAUGCGUUCCCUGUGGUGGUUCACGCACUGGAGACGUUGCAGGCAGAUGGCGACGAAAAGGCUGGGCAGUAUCUGGCGGCCAUAUUGCGCUUCGAGUUUAUCAUAGCGCUGUUUGUGGCGGAACACAUUCUGAGCAGCACCGUUCCCCUGACCAACCUCCUACAAAAGCAGGACAACGAUUUAUUGCACGCUGUGAGUGAAACACGCGUUGUUAUUAAGUUGUGCAACGACGAAAGGGCUGAUCAGUAUGUUUGGGACGCUCUAUACGACAAGGCCGUAGAUGUUAGCACUGAAUUUAACAUUCAACCAUUAAUGCCGAGAAUAGCUGGUCGACAGCAGAACAGAGCUAACCCUGAUGUCCAAACAGUGUCUGAUUACUACAGAGUCACUUUGUAUAAUGUGUUCCUGGACCAUUUAGUUCAGGAAAUGGAAACUCGCAUCCUGGGUAAUGAAGAUCGGUACUGUGCGCAAAACUUACUGCCUUCAAAACUGGCUGACUUGCGGGAUGAUAUGCUGCCGACAAUAUAUGCCGCCUUUGCCCCCGACCUUCCUCAAACAUAUGAGACAUUCAAGUCGGAAAUUGCUAGAUGGAGAGUCAGAUGGGGCAUGACAGACAUGAAGCCUUCGAGACUCCAAGAUACCCUUCAGCAGACGUGCAAGGACUUGUAUCCUUGCAUUUGUACCAUCAUCGGGGUCCUUUUGACCAUGCCACCGACGUCAGCCACAUGUGAAAGAUCUUUUAGUGGAAUGAAACGCAUAAAGAACUAUUUGCGAACAACAAUGACAUCUGACAGGCUGUCGUCGUUAGCCCUCAUCCAUGUACACAAGGACAUGAACAUCCACGUUGACCAAGUUAUUAACGUGUUUGCGUCAGAGAAAUGCAGAAAACUAGAUUUUUUCUAA